AUGGACGAGAAUAAGGAAGUCAGAAAUAAAUACGCUAUUGUGCAUGGGGCAGCACCUACUCUGCGCUGCUGUUUCACUCAAAACAUCAGGGAAGAACAGAAGAGCGCUGUAAACACCUGUUUGGAAAAGUCUGUGCCAAGAGGGAGAAGUUGCAGGGUCCUCAUUACAGCCCCUGUGGGAUCCCAUUCAACCUUUCUGCUUUCAGGUCAUGAAACAUCAGAGCUCAGCAGCAGGAUGAGUGUAAUGUCCAGCACCCCCCUGGAGAGCCCCCUGUCCGCUCCCUGGGACCCCCCCAACACGUUCCCUGACAUCCACACGGUGAUGUUUGGCCAACCCAGCUUCCUGUUGUCGCAUGAGUCCCAGCCUCAGUUCUGGAGUAAGUACCAGGUGUGGAACUGGCUCCUGCAGAUCCUGGACAUGCACCAGAUCGACACCAGCAACAUCCCGCUGCAGAACUUCGACAUGGACGGACAGCAGCUGUGCAGCCUCAGCUACCAGGACUUUCUGUUAGCCGCCGGCAGCGUCGGACCCAUCCUCUACCACAGCCUUGGGGAGCUCAAGUGGAACGGGCGAAAUCCAAAUGAGAUUGGACAAUGUGAUCUCAAAGAAGACAAGGAUUAUCUGGAGCCUGAUACGUAUCCCAAUUCCAGCCAUUCAUCCCAUGAAAUAUAUGAGCCGUCUGUGCUUCCAGUUCUUCCUCCUCUCUCUCCCGUGUCCUCUAUUCCCGAAAUUAAAAGAUGCAACCGCCGCACAUAUCAUGUCAAGAAGGAAAGCGCUAGAGGCACGCACCUUUGGGAGUUCGUCCGGGACAUUCUGUUGCACCCUGAGCACAACCCGGGCCUCAUCAAGUGGGAGGACCGCAAGGAGGGGGUCUUCAGGUUCCUCAAGUCUGAAGCAGUGGCUCAGCUCUGGGGCAAAAGAAAGAAUAACAGCAGCAUGACGUAUGAGAAAUUGAGUCGCGCUAUGAGAUACUACUACAAAAGAGAAAUCUUAGAGCGAGUGGAUGGACGACGGUUGGUGUACAAGUUCGGUCGUAACGCAAAAGGGUGGAGAGACUGA